CAGGUGAGUGGUGCCGACGUGGAGCUCGCGGAGUUGCGCCGGGGUGCAGUGAGAAUAGAGAUGACUUAAGCUACCGUCUAGCCCCUGACGCCAAGGGCAGGAGCAGGAAGGGGGAGGCCAGAAGGAUGGCUAUGCCUAGGAGCUUACGGAGGCAACCUGGAAACAGGGCCCUUGCGUCCAUCUGCACUCAUCAUCACAUUGCUGUGUUCCUGCUUACCUUUUUCAGUUACUCCCUGCUCCAUGCUUCCAGAAAGACUUUCAGCAAUGUCAAGGUCAGCAUUUCUAGCCAGUGGACCCCUACUUUCCUCAACAACACUGCCAUGGAACUCCAGCCAUAUGAGCUCUGGAACAGUAGCCAUUUAUUUUCUACUGCGGAAGAAGCUACUCUCUUCCUGGGGACUUUGGACACUAUCUUUCUCUUUUCCUAUGCUGUGGGUCUCUUUGUCAGUGGCAUAGUUGGAGAUCGCCUGAACUUACGCUGGGUUUUGUCUUUUGGCAUGUGCUCCUCUGCACUGGUGGUAUUUUUGUUCGGCACUGUCACAGAAUGGCUGCACUUCUACAACAAGUGGUUCUACUGCUGCUUAUGGGUCCUGAAUGGCUUGUUGCAGUCCACCGGCUGGCCCUGCGUUGUUGCUGUCAUGGGAAACUGGUUUGGAAAAGCUGGGAGGGGCUUUGUUUUUGGACUCUGGAGUGCCUGUGCAUCGGUGGGGAACAUUCUGGGAGCCUUCCUUGCAUCCUGUGUGCUGAAGUAUGGCUAUGAGUAUGCCUUCCUGGUGACCACAUCAGUGCAGUUUGCUGGAGGAGGAGUUGUUUUCUUUGGGCUUAUAACAUCCCCUAAGGAAGUGGGCCUCCCUGAGCUUGAUGCAGAAGAGAAGAAUGUUGUAGAAGAAGAUGCCAACAGACCCUUAAUGAGCAGUGAAGAUGUGGAUGACUAUGACCGGAAUUAUUCCAUUCAGGCAUCUGACAGUAGCAUUCAGCCCAAGGCCAUUGGCUUUUUCCAAGCUUGUUGCCUACCAGGUGUCAUACUGUAUUCUUUGGCCUAUGCCUGCUUGAAACUAGUAAAUUACUCAUUCUUCUUCUGGCUGCCCUUCUACCUCAGCAACAACUUUGGAUGGAAAGAGGCUGAAGCUGACCAACUCUCGAUUUGGUACGAUGUGGGAGGAAUUAUAGGUGGGACCAUCCAAGGCUUGAUUUCUGACAUGCUACAGAAGAGAGCCCCAGUGCUAGCAAUCAGUCUGCUCUUGGCUGUAGGGGCUCUCUUUGGAUACAGUCGUUCUCCUGACAGCAAACCCAUAAAUGCAGUUAUCAUGGCAGUUACAGGCUUUUUCAUUGGAGGCCCUUCUAACAUGAUCAGUUCUGCAAUUUCUGCGGACUUGGGACGUCAGGAGCUGGUCAGAGGGAGUAGUGAGGCACUAGCAACCGUCACUGGAAUUGUGGAUGGAACUGGUAGCAUCGGAGCUGCAGUGGGCCAGUAUCUGGUGUCUCUGAUCCAGGAGAACCUGGGAUGGAUGUGGGUUUUCUAUUUCUUUAUUCUGAUGAUAAGUUCAACAAUCCUGUUCAUUUCACCAUUAGUAGUGAGGGAAAUCAGAUUGCUUCUACAAGAGAGACGUUUGCGUAGGCUGACUGGAUGACUCCUGCCUCCCUCAAAAACUGUCCAGGGGAAAUCACCAACUGGGAGAUCAGUCAAAACUCUGGAAGGUUUUAUGGGAGUUUUUUCCACCUGCACCCAAAAUCAUGCUAACUGAAAAGAUUGUAUUAAGUUGCCUUUGAGAACUUGAUGUUACAGUAUCCAAAUAGCCAAAUGGAUCAUGGAGCUACUAUUCUGAACUCGCAGAACUGAAUUGGCCUUCAAACCCUACCAGAGCUUUUCAAGUCAGCAAGCACUUUCUAAUCCCUCCUCUCCUCUUUUGUGUUCUCAUUGUUGCACUCUUUCCCGGCUUUUUUUGUGGAUGUCCUGCCAAGAGUCAAAUAUAUUUAAAAUUGAAGAUGGAAAACCUGUCCAAACAGGGUAACUCUGCUGGGGAAAAGAGGUGGCUCAUGUCAUGAAUAGUCUAAAUGUGUAAACAUGGGUUUUGCUUCUGUGUUUAGAAUGGGUAACACCAUUUUCUUGGAUUUUACUUUCCAGAAGUCUUGGAAAUAGCUUUGCUAAGUCCUUCCACAGAUUAACCUCUGCUGCCCUCUGCUAAUAUUUUUCAUGUUUAGAUUAUUUCUCUAUUUCUCCAUACUUGAUCUGUUUUUGAUUAUUACUGAAGUCUGGAAAAUUGGAUUGAAAUUUCAGAACAUUUUACUAGUCAAAUAUAGAAUAGUGAAGUAAUACUUUAUCAUGAACAUCUGCAUAGAAGAUAUUUAGUCCACAAGAUUACUUGGAUGGCUUUGGCAUCAGGAAUGAGAUGCAGAUACUUUCAGUACCAAGUUGUCUUUGUGAAUCUAUAUCUGAUGGACACCGCCCAAAAGUCAUUACUUUGGGUAUCUAAUGUUUGUCUGAUGACCUUUCUGAAAGAAGCGGCAUCACUGUUCAAUUCUCCUUGAACAGUUGUCUGUAUCUGGGUUGUCCAGGCCUGGCAGAGAAGAUCCAGGAUUGAAUGAAAUGAGCUUGUCCUUUUACAUGGUCCUUGCAGACUUUUUUGUAGUAUGUUAGCAAGGCAACAUAAGGAAACCUGCACUGCUCUUGCCCAUGCUUCCCUGGCUCCUUAGGAAAAGAGAGAACUUCAGAUUCCGUGGUUCAUAAUUGGCGACAUAGUUUAUUAGAAAAAUAGAGGUAAGCCAGCUACAAAAACAAGUAAUUCUAUUUUACAUAGCUUUUUAUUUGACACUUGCUACAUUUGUAUCUGAGCAGCUUCUAGUUGUGCAUUAAGAAUGCAGCUAACAUCUGUCAUUUAUCUGUUAGUUAAGCUGUUUGCCAGUCACCUCCUGAACCAGAUCAGCGAUCCAGUUGCUCAGCUGUGCAAUGUUUCCCUCACACCCCCCACCCCAUUUUCUGCCUUAGAUAACUCCUGUUGGCUCCAGAAAAAUCAUUUGAAUAAGACUUGAGUGAAAUAUUUAGUCCAAUUAAUCAUUGUUGCCAGGAUGGAAAAAUAUUCUUAAAUAACUGAAACUUCAAAAAGGACUUUUUAAAAUAGAAAUUUUGUCUUUUUUUAAACAUAAUGUACAGUAAUUUUUAAAAAAACUUUUAUGAAUACAAAUGGUAGUUGUGACGGUUGUGAUGAGUGGAGCAUUGUUAGUGUUUUAGUUUCUUUGUAGUCAGUUGUUGCCCAGUGAUUGUUUGUUAUUCUUUGCCAUGCCAACCAGUUUCACAACUUCAUUUCCUGGGAUUAUGCAGUUGUACUGUUCUACUGUUUUUCAUGAAGUUUGCUUCCUCUUUAUGGAUGAUUUCUGCUUUCAGAUCUCCUUUUCUCUUCUUUCACUUAACCAUCAAACUUCAGUAGUUGAGGAGAAUUUGCAGUUAAUCAUACUAGGGAUAUACUAGGAGGACUUUGUCCUCUUGUUCAAAUUUUUGCCAUUAUAAAUAGGAGUGAUUGUGAAGAGAGACUGGGGACCUGAUAUGUGCCCUCAGUUUAUUGCAAGAUUGCAGCCUUCAGUUAGUUGUUCAAAUCCCAAGCUUGGCAUUAGUCAGUUUUCCAACGGAAGCAAACCCCUUGAAUUUCAUGUUUGAAAUGGAUGGUGGCAGUCUGUGUGUUCAUCUAAAAAUUUUGAGGUUUUGGAUUCCAUAGAUUUCAUAGAUUUCAUAGACAUUAGGGCUGGAAGGGACCUCGGAAGAUCAUCGAGUCCAGCCCCCUGCCCAAAGGGCAGGAAGUCAGCUGGGGUCAUAGGAUCCCAGCAAGAUAAGCAUCCAGUUUCAUCUUGAAGGUGUUCAAUGAAGGCGCUUGAACGACCUCCGGUGGCAGGCUGUUCCAGACCUUGGGGGCUCGGACAGUAAAGAAAUUCUUCCUUAUGUCCAGCCUGAAAUGAUCUUGUAGUAGUUUGUGACCAUUCAACCUCGUCAUCCCUUGGGGCGCUCUGGUGAACAAACGUUCCCCCAGAUACUGGUGGUCACCCCUGAUAAACUUGUAGGUGGCCAUCAGAUCACCCCUGAGCCUGCGCUUUUCCAGGCUAAAGAGCCCCAGGGCUGUCAGCCUGUUAUUGUAGGGUCUGCUUCCCUGACCUCUGAUCAUGCGCGUGGCUCUUCUCUGGACUCUCUCAAGCUUCUCCACAUCCUUUUUGAAUUGUGGAGCCCAAAACGGGACGCAGUACUCCAGCUGCAGCCUCACUAAGGCCGAGUACAGGGGGAGAAAGACGUCCUGGGAUUUGCUUGAGAAGCAUCUAUGGAUGUAAGCCAGCGUUUUGGUCGCUUACUAGCCCAGAUAAACGUUUUGGUUAACCAUCCAGGGGCCAAAUACAUUUUUAUGGAAACAAACAUUUGAAGAUUUUAGUGCAAAUCAGUACAGUUGAUGUGAAGUGUUCCUUUUUGCAAAAUAUAUCAAAUAGGCUGCCAAGGCUCUAUCUACACACUAACUCCUGUUCACAUGUAUUCUUGGAGCAUGGUCUGUUUUGUGGUUAGAACUUGGCUGGCUACACAUUCUUUCUUCUGUCUAAGUCUUAAAUAUAUUUAUUGUGGGCCCUUUUGUGUGCUAUGUAUUUCCUCAAGCACUACAGAUGGGGAAUGCUUUGAUUCUGACCAAUAUCCAAAUCAGUUUCACAUAAAUAAAUUAUUUUUGGUGAGUUGA